CUCGCCAACAUCUUCAGCUCGAACACUCGAUUCUACAAAACGUGAACCCGAAUGAAUUUGGGGAAUGGUGCUUCUCAUCGGUGACGGGCAUGCAGGGAGGCCGCGUGUGAUUCGAACUCAACACUUGUCUUGAGCCCGAGAAAACGUGAUAUUCUUAGGGCCAACUAGGGGAAACUACUUGAAACACACCACUCUCAUCACUAAUGAUUCGCCAUCCUAUGUCUUCACAGCGGAUAUCUGGAUCAACGCUGGCGUCCGUCGUCAAAAUUCCAACUUACAUGGAACAAUGGCCGACACUCGAUAAAGAAGAUCCCCUUGCUCUGUUGCAUGCGAAGUUUUGGGGCAAGAACAUGGCGGACGAGGAGCAGAGGUGGCUUGACGCACAGAAGGCCAAUACUGCGGGAAGCAAGCUUGGGUUACGGGAUCAGGAAGGAGAGAAGCGCAUCGACGCCGUCGUUGAGGAGAAGAUGGUUGUGGAUGAGACAGCGCCAGUUGUUGACGAAACCAUGGAUAGGGCAGCGACAAUGGACCCGGACGACGAUUUCAUUCCCGGUUGUUACACGCUCGACAUCGGCAUCGACGGACUCAUGUCCAAAUUGUGGAUUCAAGCCGAGUACAUCCGUGUUUUCAAUUUUGUCAGUGCUUAUUAUGACAAACCCUCGUCCAUUCCUAGAGCACCCUGCGUAGUCGUCACAGGCCAACCAGGGAUUACUGGUCGCGUCUACACAAGACGUAUUCGAUAUUGCGACAAAGCUCACACAUUGAGGAACCAUAGUCGCAUCGAUGAGUCUCGCACGAACGAAAUAUUCGAUCAACUUGGUCCUACCCCCCGCCUCUGUAUCGAUUUUCAACUUAACUCUGAGGCUAUGAGUCGGUACGAAUUGGACCUCCGCACCGCACUCUCGAAGGUUACGCUAAACGACCUGGAAUUGUUGUUGAGCACCGCUCGCUGUGGGGACAUGGGAACCGAUACCCUGUCUGAAAAGAUUGCCCUCCUCAGUCGCGAAUCAUUAGACGAUAUGCAUAGUCAAGGCGUGGUGAACCCGAUCACUCCUUACAUCCAAUCAAGACUCGCCAAUCGGUUCCGCAACCUGGAACACAAAGAACUUUUACGUCUCUACAAAGCCUUUGCAAGGGGGGAAAAUGAAUGGCCCUCCACUUAUCUGGUCCCUCUCUUCGUCUUGCUCGAAUACACCCUCGCAACCACUCCAACAACCUUUGAAAAGCUCCCCGUGUUCGCCGUCAUCCAGCACUAUUUCAAUUAUCGAGAAAAGACAAAUUUUGUCAAUCCGAUCGUGCACUGUUUUUCUAAAACCGUACGAGCUCGACCUGCGAAGCCAGGGCUUCCCCCUGUCCAGCCUCAUAGCAGAACAUCUACGGGAUUAAAUACUUUCCGCGUUUUCUUGAGUGUAUCAGGUGUAGCUGCUGUACACCCUGGACAACGACGCACGCGGGCAGGCAGGGGAUAA